AUGGCUAAAGAAAGUGCAGAGUUCAAACCAGGUUCUGGAAAGAAAGGUGCAACUCUAUUUAAAACCAGAUGUCAACAAUGCCACACAAUAGAAGAGGGGGGUCCCAAUAAAGUGGGUCCUAAUCUGCAUGGUAUCUUUGGCAGACACUCUGGUCAAGUGAAGGGCUACUCAUACACGGAUGCAAAUAUCAAAAAGAACGUUCAAUGGGAUGAGAACAACAUGUCCGAGUACUUGACUAACCCAAAGAAAUAUAUUCCUGGUACCAAGAUGGCCUUUGCCGGGUUGAAAAAGGAAAAAGACAGAAAUGAUUUGAUUACUUAUAUGACGAAAGCCGCCAAAUAA